AUGUUCUCUCGAGCUAUUCGAUCCUUGCCAUCCCAGGUCCAUGCGGCUCGCGGCUUACCCCAGCGGUUCGCAGUCCAGGCGCGGUUGAUGGCCUCCGUCGUGAACGGGGGACCCAUGUCAGCCAAGGCUCCUGCUGCUCCAUCUGUCAACGAACGUGCCACCCUCACCAUCCGUGACGGGCCCGUUUUCCAUGGAAAGUCGUUUGGAGCAAAGUCCAACAUCUCUGGCGAGGCCGUCUUCACCACCUCUCUCGUCGGCUACCCAGAGUCCCUCAGUGACCCAUCCUACCGUGGUCAGAUUCUUGUCUUCACCCAGCCGUUGAUAGGCAACUACGGCAUCCCAUCUGCCGAACGUGACCAGCAUGGUCUUCUCAAGUACUUUGAGUCCCCUAGUCUCCAGGCCGUCGGUGUCGUCGUUGCAGACGCCGCUCUCAAAUACAGUCACUGGACCGCCGUCGAGAGCUUGAGCGAAUGGUGCAUCCGAGAGGGUGUCCCUGCCAUCUCCGGCGUUGACACCCGCCAGAUUGUCACCUAUCUCCGUGAACAGGGCUCGUCUCUCGCUCGAAUCACUGUCGGCGAGGAGUACGAUGCCGACCAGGACGAGGCCUUUGUCGACCCGGAGCAGAUCAACCUCGUUAAAAAAGUCAGCACCAAGUCUCCCUUCCACGUCAGUGCCGCAAACAGCACCUCUCACGUCGCUGUUAUUGACUGUGGAGUGAAAGAGAACAUCCUCCGAAGUCUCGUCAGCCGUGGAGCUAGUGUGACGGUCUUCCCUUACGACUACCCGGUCUACAAGGUUGCCCAUCACUUUGAUGGUGUUUUCAUCUCCAACGGUCCCGGUGACCCAACCCACUGUACGCAGACCGUCCAUACCCUUGCCAAGUUGAUGAAGACCUCCCAAAUCCCGAUCAUGGGUAUCUGUCUUGGCCACCAGCUCCUGGCUUUGGCCGUUGGAGCCCGUACCGUCAAGUUGAAGUAUGGUAACAGAGCUCACAACAUCCCUGCCAUGGACCUGACCACCGGCCGCUGUCACAUCACCAGUCAGAACCACGGUUACGCUGUCGAUGCCAGCACCCUUCCAAGUGACUGGAAGCCAUACUUUAUCAAUCUCAAUGACGAUAGCAACGAGGGAAUGAUUCACACAUCCCGACCUAUCUUCAGCACUCAAUUCCACCCCGAAGCCAAGGGAGGGCCUCUCGACUCGUCUUAUCUGUUCGAUAUCUACCUCGACAGCGUCCAAAAGUACAGGUCCAGCCAGGCGGUCCACCAACCUGGACGAGAUAACCGUCCCAGCCCUCUCUUGGCUGACCUCCUUGGAAACGAGCGAGUCGGCGUCAGUAUCACCCGCAACUCUCAGCCUGCCGCAACUCCUGUAGAGCCACUUUCACAGACUCUUGCUGCUGCCACUGCCUGA